CCUCUGCUUUGUAAGCCAAUACCUUAAAAUACAUGAAUAGGGCAACAGCUAAAUCAGGUCAAUCCAGUUCUGACACACAUUGUAAGGCUUCAAGAGGCUGAACUUGCUUUUCUACUUUAUGCACUGAAUCCAGUCCCCUGCCACAUCACACUGCUCACCUGAGCUACACGGUGCACUGCCUCUCUGACGAACGAGUAGUUUUCGCCAACCUUAAAACCACACAUCCAACUCAUCAAACACAUCAAGGAUUGUAGCCUGAAGAAACAAAACAAUGGCAUCCUUUCGGAUAGCUUUAAUAGCCACAUUUCUGAUGUCCUACAUGUGGGUUGUUGCUGAAACCCAAAUUGCAUCAACUUCAUCAGAUUUCAGCUUAACACCACUUCUACUUAGUAGUGCUGAUGGCUCGACAACUGAUGCAACUGAAGCUCCUGGGACAGAGAACACGAGUGAUGGCUCUUCACUUAUUACUGAAACAACUUGGACCGACACUCUUCCCACUGACAGCAUGAACAGCUCACCUGCACCAACGCCCCUGUUAUCCCAAACAAUAAGUGACUCGAAUGUGGCAGAUAUAGACAGCACCUCCCCAUUGCCUACAUCAGCAAACAAUGGCAGCUUUAUCACUGUAACAUUUGGUGAUAACAGCACCAUUACAGUGACCACAAUCUGGGCUGAUUCCAACAGCACGGGAUACAACGCAACAAAUCAGACCAGUCCUGGACCAAUAUUAAGCACCAUUUCGGCUAUUCCUACUAGGAACACCACUAACGGAACUUCAACCAUGCAGCCCAACACAACAGAGAAUAAUAUCAGCACUUCAGUAAGUCCAACAGCUGUGUUCACCACCAGUAGUUCCUACAACGGUACAACUAUUAACACCACGUCUUUGAAUGAAAAAGGUCCACAUCAGGUCAACAACAAAACAAAUGGAGGCGUUAUGUUUGGCAUCAUCCUCGGCUCCACUUUGGCAAUUCUCUCAGCCAUGCUCCUGGUUUACGUCUUGUGCAAACGCAAGAAGUCAGACCACUUUAGUCAUCGUAGAAUGUACGAUAACCUUCCUAGCGAUCCAGUUCUCCGCUUGGAUAAUACAACUGAUACCAUUGAUUUACGCUACCAAGGGGGAGCUGCGUACUACAAUCCUGCCGUCAUGAACGAAGUAUCACCUCAUCAUCCAGGACAGCUGGAGAAUGUGAAUGAUGUGAUUCAGAUGGAUUACAUAACACCUUCGCAUGGAGAAGUCGCAUGAAGCAAUCUCACAAACAGCAUGUGAUGUACCAGUUUGCUUAUUGCAAGCAAAUGAAGAAAACUGUACUGCGUUAGUGCCAGGAGCCAAAAUUAGCAGUAACAUAAACCAAAAGUCCAAAAUCCUUAAAGAUAUCAAAUAAGACUCCAAGCCCGACAUCAGGAGCCUAAAUGUUGGGGCUGUGCAAACAGUGACUGUGUGGAAUCAACUUACCCCAGAUCGCCAUGAAGAUGGCAAAGAAGACAGUACCUCCAUUGUCAAACAAAUGCGUCAUCUAAAAGAAGCACAGAGAAGGACAUGCUGAUUACUGCAUCAUGAAUAGGCUGUAAAAUUUAAGACAUAACCGCAGAACAUUUUGUUUACAUUAUUCUUUACCAAAAGCUUUGGAGUAAAAUUCGCAGUGUUUGAGCCUUUGAUUGUGUUAAUUAACUCAAUCAAUGGGUUAAGAAGCACCCUAAAUUUCCCCUCUUACUUUCUAAGCUUAAUAUAACAUUGUUAUGUGUCAUUAAGUUAAAGCUUUGUAAGUUCCAAUUGAAUUAUAUUGCACUUAAAUGAUACACUUGCAUACAAGGGCAGGGAAAUUAGGGUUUUGUUAUUAAAUUUAAAUGUGGUAGAAUACC